UAUGUCUGGGCCUAGGUAUGGUGAAAGAGAGAGGUUUUUAUACAGUUAGAGACCUCUGGAAGAGUCCGCAGUGGACAAGACCAUCUGAGAAGAGAGAGGGAAAGAGAAGAUAAGAGAGGGGAACCAGGUGCAACAGCAAGAGGUUCAAAGGGGAUUUGGUUAGAUUAUAUAAGGAAGGGCCACUGGUAGAAGGGUAGUACAGCCCUUGGGCUGAAAGAGUUUGGAGUAGGGGCUGGGGUAUGCCAGCAGGAGAGUCCAGAAACAGACUGAUCAAAAAGAUGGAUUUUACAGAGGCUUAUUCAGACACAUGUUCUACAGUUGGACUUGCUGCCAGAGAAGGCAAUGUUAAAAUUUUAAGGAAAUUGCUCAAAAAAGGUCGAAGUGUGGAUGUUGCUGAUAACAGGGGAUGGAUGCCAAUUCAUGAAGCAGCUUAUCACAAUGCUGUAGAAUGUUUGCAGAUGUUAAUUCAUACAGAUUCAUCUGAAAACUACAUUAAGACAAAGACUUUUGAGGGCUUCUGUGCAUUACAUCUUGCUGUGAGUCAAGGACAUUGGAAAGUCACACAGAUUCUUUUGGAAGCUGGAGCAGAUCCUAAUGCAACCACUUUAGAAGAAACCACACCAUUGUUUUUAGCUGUUGAAAGUGGACAAAUAGAUGUUUUGAAGCUCUUGCUUCAACAUGGAGCAAAUGUCAAUGGAUCCCAUUCUAUGUGUGGAUGGAAUUCCUUGCACCAGGCUUCUUUCCAGGGAAAUGCUGAGGCUAUAAAACUGCUUCUUAAACAAGGAGCAGACAGAGAAUGCCAAGAUGACUUUGGAAUCACACCUCUGUUUGUGGCUGCUCAGUAUGGGAAGCUAGAGAGCUUGAGCAUACUUAUUUCAUCUGGUGCAAAUGUCAAUUGCCAAGCCUUGGAUAAAGCUACUCCCUUGUUUAUUGCUGCACAAGAGGGUCAUACAAAAUGUGUGGAACUUUUGCUGUCCAAUGGGGCUGAUCCUGAUCUUUAUUGUAAUGAAGACAAUUGGCAAUUACCUAUUCAUGCUGCUGCACAAAUGGGCCAUAGAAAGACCUUGGACUUGUUAAUACCACUUACUAACCGGGCUUGUGACUCUGGACCAGACAAAGUGAGCCCUGUUUACUCUGCAGUAUUUGGAGGACGGGAAGAGUGCCUAGAAACGUUACUCCAGAACGGCUAUAGUCCAGACGCACAAAUGUGCUUGGUGUUUGGAUUCAGUUCCCCUCUCUGCAUGGCUUUGCAAAAGGACUGUGAGUUCUCUGGAGUUGUGAAUAUUCUUUUGAAGUAUGGAGCCCAGUUAAAUGAACUUCACUUGGCAUACUGCCUCAAGUAUGAGAAGUUUUCAAUGUUUUGCUGUUUUUUGAAGAAAGGUUGCCUGGUGGUACCUUGGAAUCAUACAUCUGAAUUUGUAAGUUAUGCAGUUAAAGCACAAACAAAAUAUAAGGCAUGGUUGCCACAUCUCCUGCUUGCUGGAUUUGACCCAUUGAUUCUGCUGUGCAGCAGCUCAUGGGUUGAUUCAGUCAGUGACGACAUCCUUAUCUUUACUUUGGAAUUUUCUAAUUGGAAGAGACUUCCUCCAGCUGUUGAAAAGAUGCUCUCAGUUCGUGCAAACUCCUCUUUUGCUCUUCAGCAGCACAUGGCCUCUGUUCCAAGCCUAACCCACCUUUGUCGUUUGGAAAUUCGCUCCAGUCUAAAAGCAGAGCACCUUCAUUCUGACAUUUUCAUCCAUCAGUUGCCACUUCCCAGAAGUCUGCAGAGCUAUUUGCUCUAUGAAGAGGUUUUGAGAAUGAAUGGGAUUCUAGAACCAGCAACUAAGCAUGAUGGAGAAAUCAGGAAGGCCACCUGACACAGGUCUUUUAAUUCUUUUUAGUCACAAAAGAUGGCGUGUGUGAUUGUUUGGAUUUGGGGAUAAUAGGAAAUGUAAAUGUUUACAGCUUGGUUUCCCAGUUCUUCUCUUUCCCAAUAUUGUGAACCUUAUUCAUCUUGCCUUACUCAGUUUAUUUUCAGUGCACUUUGUUGUACUGUGGUGCUGAAUGUGACAUCUUUCUACUUAGUGUUCAUGUUCACCUUUGCUAGAAGCUAAGGAUAGAAUCCAUAAACUUCCCAGGAAGAACUUAUAGCCUCUGUUCUUUUGAAUAAUGUACCAUUGUUAUUAUUUUAUUUAGGGACGAAUAUCUUCAAUGUUUAUAAAGAAUUUUCCUCCAUGUUAUAAUCUGUUCUCAUUUCUUAGUUCAAGCAGUUUUAUGAGGUGUUGAUACUCUUGCAUUUUCACAUGUAAAUUCAGGGGUGACUUUUUUUUAAAGAACAUAAAAAAUCAGUCAUAUUAUUAUCUUCUGCCCCCCGCCCCCCCCCGCCAAGGUUUGUUCUUUAUACUUUUUUGGCAAAAGAUAAGCCAUUUUUAGUGUGCAAAGACAAGAACACAUCUAAAUUCAAAGGCAUGAACAAUUUUAUGUCAUCUUUAGAAGUAUUUUACUGCACUUAGAAUAUUAAUAAAGAAACUUGAAAGGGACAUUCAUACAGCACUAUCUAUAGAGAAAGAAUGGCGCACAUUUCAGUAAUUUAAUACUAAAUGUAAUAGCCAGGUUUCAUUUAGCUCCAGAGUAAGAGGGCAGCUUUGUUCCUAUUGAUCACCAAUAGUCAAUUAUAUCACAUUAAUAUAAUGUUUUUCUUUCUUAAUAUCUGGAUGUAUUUUCAGAUCAUGGAUAAAAUAAGGACCUCAGAAUACUGCCUUGUGAAUUUUUACAACUGUUUUAUCUAUACCUCAAGUCAAGAAAAAUCAAACAUGAUCAAAUCGGUUAUCUAGGGGAUUAGAAACUAGCCUUAAGAAGAAGGUACUAGGGUGUGGCUGUCAUGACAGGCAGCGCAGGAGGCAAGCUUUCACGUUUACCAGCAACCUGUGAUUGGGUAGAUCAGCUGGGCCCCUCUCUGGUAUAGGCCAUUGAAAGAAGCACAAUGAAGAUGGACUUCAUGAUAACUGAUUGGGAAGAAAAACUCAUCUUUACAUUCAAGUCUAGUUUGGUGAGGAUAUAAAGUUAGGUAUUGAAAAUGAGGCAGAAAUUCUGAUUGUUCAGUUAAUAAAUAUAUUCCAAAAUUUAAUUUUUUUAAAAUAGUGUGUCUUUUAUUUUUCAAACUCUGUAUCAGGUUUUGUUUUUGCUUAUGACCAAGUGUAUGUAGAAUACUUUAAAAGAGUAUAUCUUUUACUGUAUUUUGUUCAUGUCCAAAUGUAUUACAAAACCCCGAUUUCCCAUAAGUUAUCAUUGUGGUCUUAUUUUUUAAGUCCUGAAAGUCAAUAUAGAUAGCCCCUAGCUGAUAAAUUUUUGACUUUACAGUAGUGAAAAGAUGACAAGCAUCUCAUAGAAGCUGCACUUUGAAGCUUGAUCUUUUCCUAGGCUAGGAAUAACAGUAUUCGCUUGGAUUUUGAUGGUGCUGAGCAGUGACCGUGUUGUGACUCCUGGCCAGCCAUGUGGACAGGAGGGUGACUGUAGAGGGCAUGAGUGCUCACAGAUAAGUACUGGAGAAACCAAGGAAGUUAAACACAUAGGCUUAUCUCUUCAGUUGAUGGGUGUGUACACCUGUUUUUCCAGGCAUGUGUCAUUGUGUCAGGAGUUCCAUGUGGGUAAAGCUGAGACCAGGAGAUCCAUUACUUAGGUCCUUGUGUGACUCAAGGCAGUUAUUUGAAAACUCCUGCAUUCUGAUCAGAGCCAAUGGGGACCUCAGGCAUCUCAGAAUCACAUUCCCUUUGGGUAGUGUUUCUUAGUUAAAUAUGGUCACAUUUGACAACUUGAACAUACCGUUAUAGUAGUUUUACAAUCGUGCCAUUUCCAUUUUCCUUGCCUUUAAAAAUUUUUUUCUAAGCAAACAAGCAAACCAACAACCGCAAGGAAAACUUAGUAACUCUGACUUUACAGGGGGUUUUUUUGUUUGUUUUCUCUUUUUUUCUCUCACCUUCACGGCCCAAAUGCUGGGUUUUUGGUUUUGUUUUAAAUCUAUUUAUCAUUGUUACUGCUUUAUUAAGUGACAAAUGCUCAUUGGUGCAUAAUGCCUUGCAGCAAAUAAACAAUUAUUUUGUCCAAUAAAAUCCUGCCAUUUUAAUUAUAUGGAACUGAUUGUGCAUGCUUUUUUUCUGUGUCAUAUGGUACAGCCUCUACUGUAUUAACAUCAGUAGUUCACAAUGAGGUCAGCAUAUGUUAUAUUUUUUUAAUGAAGAAUUACUUUGAAUAAGUUGGAUGUAGAUUUUAAGUGGUCUUGUGGAGUUGCUUUGAUGAAUAAAAUGUUAAUUGAAA